AUCAAACGUCAAAACAAAGCGUAAAUUUUCUGCGAACUUGCGAUUGGGAAGUAAAAUUCGAGUUUCUGCCGACAAAAAUAAGUGAUCAUGAUAAGAAAUACAGUUAAAAUCAUUAGGAAUGGAGUACAAUGCACUCGUCUGUGCGCGGCUGCUACUUACAGGGUUAAGGAUUAUAAGAGUUUCAGUGGCCUAUCACAUAAUGUAGGAGAGUUUAGAGUUGGCAAAACCAACAGCUCUUUAAUAAAUGCAUGUCCGUGUCGGACAAUGUUCAUACAAACGCAGGAUACGCCAAAUCCUAACAGCUUGAAGUUUCUACCUGGGACCAGUGUACUGGAGCCGGGACAGACUAUGGAUUUCCCGAACAUCCAAGCUGCCCACUGCAGCCCUCUUGCAAAGAUGAUAUUUCGCAUUGAGGGUGUGAAGGCGGUAUUCUUUGGUGCUGACUUUGUAACUGUCACUAAGCAAGAAGACGACAUAGACUGGAAGUUGCUGAAGCCAGAGAUCUUUGCCACUAUUAUGGACUUCUUUGCCAGUGGACUGCCGGUGGUGACUGAUGCCAAGCCUUCUGGUGACACGCAGAUCAAUGAUGAUGAUGAUGAAAUUGUUCAGAUGAUCAAAGAGCUUCUCGACACUAGAAUCAGGCCAACGGUGCAAGAAGAUGGAGGUGAUUGCCUGUUUGUGGACUUUAAAGAUGGGGUGUUAAGGCUCAAAAUGCAAGGGUCAUGCUCAUCAUGUCCCAGCUCUAUUGUAACUCUAAAGAAUGGGGUGCAAAAUAUGAUGCAAUUUUACAUCCCUGAAGUACUCUCAGUAGAGCAGAUUGAUGAUGAAGGAGACAAACUAAGUGAAAAGGUUUUUAAGGAGUUUGAAGCUCAAAUUUUAUCCAAAGAGGAAGCUAAAUCUAAGGAAUCUAGUAAUCCAGAGAAAUAAACGGCAUAAUUAUUAUGUAAUCUUAGAAAUCAUAUUGUAUAUAGAGAAUGUAUAGUAAUAAACAGUAAUGUUGCAUUAUUAA